AUGAAGCAGUCCAUCGAUGUUAGCUCCUCCCGCCGCAAGAGCAGAAAGGCCCACUUUUCUGCUCCCUCUGAUCUUCGUCGCAAGAUCAUGAGCGCGUCCCUCUCCAAGGAACUCCGGGAGAAGCACAGCACUUUGAUCUCGGCUCGCUCGCUCCCUAUCCGCAAGGAUGACGAGGUCAUGGUUGUCCGUGGCUCUUUCAAGGGCCGUGAGGGCAAGGUUGUCCAGGUCUACCGCCGCAAGUGGGUCAUCCACAUUGAGCGUGUCAACCGCGAGAAGGCCAACGGUGCUGCCGUCCCCGUCGGCAUCCACCCUUCCAAGGUCGUCAUCACCAAGGUCCACAUGGACAAGGACCGCAAGGAUCUUCUCGACCGCAAGGAUCGCUCCAAGAAGACCGAGGCCAUGCAGGAGUAA